UUAGUCCCUACAUCCGCGUGCCAAACAUUGUCUACGUAACUAACAAAACUGUGAAGAUUGAAUGCGAGAUUCAAGCGUGGCCUGAACCAGUUCUUGCGUGGGAGAUAGACGGCAUCACAGUCGAGGGCAUGAGGUACAAGACCGAAGUGGCGCAGACCCGCGACCCGUGGCGGUGGAUCAUGAGGCUGGAGAUCCCGGGAGUCAGGGACCACGACCUGCGCCAAUACAGCUGCGUAGCCAAAAAUGAACUUAAUAACAAGACUGUUAAGGGACAUAUUAAGUUGAUGAAUCCUGGUCCACACCACCAGAUCCCGGUACAGCAGCCGGUGGAGUACGGCUCGCUGCCCCCGCUGACGUCAUACGAGGAGUUAUGCGAGGUGCAGCGCUGUCCCACCUGUCCUCGCUGCGACCGCGCUCAGCUGCUCAUAUCCACCAUGAAUGGAACUGCCGGGAUGAAGCCUAGGAGGAAUACUAAUUGCCAGCUGUAUGCGAUAGGAAAGCCAGUCUACCAUCGGUAUAAGGACGAGAUGUUUGGAGCUUGGCUCAGAGACUCCAAUGGUUCUGAGGCUCAGCGUGAGAAGUUAUGGACAACGCAAGAGACGGAUGUGGAGCGCCUCAGAGAAUACCGGACGAAGGCAAGCUUCAAGGCUGACCAUGUUGACGAGUAUCACAAACUACAGAAGCCUUUCUUUGGCAACGGCCACAUCGUCUACUCCGGGUCGUUUUUCUACCAGGCGAAUGAGUCUGGUAACCCUGGUGACAUCAUCCGCUACGACCUCACUCAGAGCCGGAUCAAGUCCGUGCAGUUGCCUCAUGCCGACGGAAGACUGUAUACCGCACAGCACAACCAGGUAGACUUCAGUGCAGACGACAAUGGUCUCUGGGCGAUCUACUCAAUUGAGAGAUCAAAUAACACCGCUGUGGCUAAGCUCAGCUUCGAUCCAAGUAAAGAUGGUUUGAACAUAGACUACAUUUGGAACAUAUCUUUAAAUCACAAGCAAAUGGGAGAAAUGUUCAUAGUGUGUGGGGUGCUAUAUGCGUUGGACUCGGCGACCGAGCGAGAGAGCAAGGUCUCUGUGGCCAUAGACCUGUACCUCAACAAGCAGGUGGAGGUCGCUCUGCAGUUCACGAACCCCUUCCGGAAAACCACGCAGCUUGGAUAUGAUCAUAUGCAUAAGGAGCUGUAUUCUUCAGAUCGGGGCAAUCAGCUCACAUACCCUGUGAGAUAUAACGAACUGCCAUGACACAAUAUUCAUCUAAGACCAUAAGAAUAUCAACUAAACACAUAUUUAGUGAAAAUUAACAUCAAUGUAAAAUAUUUUUUAUACUUAUUUUUCAAGUACAUAUUCUUAAAUAAGA